AGGUUUUUACUUCACAAAAUGCACGAUACUGCCUUUUGUUUCGAGACUGUUACUCCGGAUUCAUGGCUCGCAAACGAGCAAACUUGGAAAGAAAACCUUUUAAAACUACCUAACUGGUAUCAGAUACCUCUUAUAAACUCAAAUGCCUCGCACAAUCUGCCCGACGGGACGCUGGUGCGGUUCCGGGGGAUGAUCCAGGACAUGCACAACCCGGAGUUCUACUUUGAGCAGUUUGAAGUGUACAACUCUGAGACUAAUGAGGUUAGGAGCAAGUCUGGGAAGUAUCGGGAUACGGCUAAUAUUUUGGAAAACGAGAAAAUCAACUAUGCAAAUAACCUUCAAAGUGGCCAACGUCAAACAAUGGUGGUGGUCUCCAUGCCAGGCCUCAACGAGUGGGCUCAGCAGCUCGAAGAUAGCCGAAACCACCUAAAUCACCUAAAGCAACAGCCGAACACUUCAAAACGUCUCACAUCUUCAACAAAGCUGAAACGGAGCUACGAUGAGACAGAGGAUGAUGCAAUGGAAGUAGAACAGGAGGUUACACAUAAAGAGCCUAGGAUCAAGGAGGCGGAGGCUGUGGCGGCAAAUGUGGUGUCUCGGGAACAUCUGUUGAACUUCCCACUGCCUGAUGUUCCUAGCCAAUCUUGUAUAGUUAAGGUAUACACAGAGGACAAUCAAUUAAAGCUAAAUGAAAUGAUAGAAGUAGUAGGAUUCCUAUCUGUAGACCCAGCGCUGUCCGGCGAGUUCCAGCCUGAGACAGACCCGCUGAUCAACCCUCAGGGUGAGAACGAGGCAGAAGCCAUCACGCUCAACCCGCCGCCGAGUCUUGUGCCGAGACUGCAUGCUGUAUGUGUGAGGAAGCUGGAGCAUUGUAACCCACUGGUUGAAGGAGAGUUUGAUCAGAACACAGUGUUGAAGGAAGCAAACACAGCACGGGAGCAUUUACUGAAGGCCCUCACAGAGCUACUGUUAGGUGACAAACUUGCCGCCGAAUACCUCAUAUGCCACCUCAUAGCUUGCAUCUACCUCCGCCGUGAGACCCUGACCCUCGGCUCGUUCUGCCUGAACCUCUCGAACCUGCCGACCCGCAGGUACCCGCACUACGCGAGGCAGCUGUACGACAUCAUCAAGCAGUUCCUCACCAAGAGCUAUUACUUGCCGCUCACUGUUGACAACAUGAAUACCAUGACACUGCUGCCCAAAAAAGACUACGACUGCAACCGUUUAACCAGCGGGAUCCUUCAGCUAAGCAAGCACACGCACCUCGUCCUCGACGAGACUCUCAUGGAGCAGGGCCGCCUCGCCGCCGCCGGCGCGCGCAACGUGGCGGCGCUCGCCAGCCUCAUCAACACGCACAAACUCAAAUACGACUUCAAGUAUUACCAGAUGGAGUUCGAGUCCGAUGUGGCCGUUUUGAUAUUGUCGGAAGGAAAGUCGCUGCUGCCGAGUGAUUACCACGUCCCUCUCCGGCCAGAGGAGUCCUCGCUAGAGAUGUUUGACGCCAUCGUGGAAGCAGCCACCUACUACCUCAAGGAGGAGAUCAUGAACCUCAUCCGGGCGUACCUCACCAACCUCAAACUCGUCAAGUACACCAUCACAGAGGAUCUGAAGUUCGUAGAAGACGACUUCAUCGAAAUGCGCCGCAACUCAACGACGGACGCUCCCGUCACCGCCGACGACCUGCACAGACUGCUAGUUUUAGCGCGACUAGUCAGUCUCUCCAGGGGACACGACACGCUCAACAAGCAGUGCUGGGACAUCGCCAAGGCCAUGGAAGCAGAACUUCAGCACCGGCUGAAGAAUAGAGUGCCUUCAACCAUAUAAAAAAAAAUGUUUGUCUUUAAAAAAAAAAUUGUUUUUGUUUACCGAAGUUCGUUGUACGAAAC